UUAGUCACACUGGUCACUUCAGGACUGAGACCUGUUCACACUGGAAUCUGAUAUGGCCCACAUUUAAAAAAUAAUGUGAACAGCCAAACUCAGAAGUGAGCGUCAAGGCUUGCAGUGUGAACGUAGCCUUUGUCUCUCUUUCCCUCUGUGUAUACACAACAUUUUUCCCACAUGGCAAAGGGGUUGUGUGUGUUUCAGUAGCUAUUUUGUAAACACAAAGGGCCAAAACGAAGAGUUAACUUCACUUACUUUCUAGUCCACAGAUAACAAACAUGGAGAGAACAAGUAGCAUCAGGAGAAAGGCCAUGGCCAGACAACAUAAAGGAGAAGUCAUGAUUGCUGGAGAACAACUCAGGUUGAGGCUUCACGGUGGAAAACUGAUCAAGGACCGCCGCUACCACCUGCGCACAUAUCCCAACUGCUUUGUGGCACAGGAACUUAUAGACUGGCUUGUGAGCCAUAAGGAAGCUCCAGAUCGAGCAACCGCUGUCUGCCUCAUGCAGCACCUCAUGGAUAAUGACAUCGUUCACCACGUCUGUGAUAAGAGGUCAGUGUUCAAGGAUGCCAAACUGCUGUACCGUUUCCGCAAAGAUGAUGGCACAUUUCCCUUCAAUACAGAGGUGAAAAUCUUCAUGAGAGGACAACGAUUGUAUGAACAACUCAUAGGGGACAAGAACUCUAUUCUGCAGCUAAGAGAGGAGCAUGGUGUUGCAUAUCAGCGCUCCUUUCCUGGCUGCCAGUUGAUUGACCGGCUCCUUCAGAACGGAGAGGCAGAGAGCCGGCGUCGGGGACUGGAGCUGUGCCGUGCAUUGCAGGAGCAUGGCAUCAUUCAGCACGUGGCAAAGAAGCACGAGUUCUUUGACAGCGGACUGCUCUAUCAGUUCUGCAUCAAUUUCCGCCGCCGCCGCCGCCUGUCUGAACUGUUACAUGAAAGUGAACAAGACGACGAUAACAAAGGUGUGGUAGUGUCGACACAGGAGGACAACCAUUCUGAUAGUCCAUUUGUUCUGCGCAAAAGCCGACCGCAGGAGGGCAACAGUGCUUUCCAGUCUGUGGGGUUAAGUGAAGACCUGAAACAGGUUACCAGUGUGCGUCGAGGCAGCUUGAAUUCCCUUCAGCUUCACUCAGCUGGAUUUCCACCUCUUGUCCAGCUGACUUCAACUUCAAUGGUCAGAUGCAAUCCAAAAUCAGUACUCAAAAGAAAUUUUACAUGUGAAGAGAUACUGGCAUAUGGUGCACCCUUCAUCAAGAAAGUGUUGACGGUGAUAGGAGAUGCCCUGGGCUGGGGCUUUGUUGUCAGAGGCAGGUCUCCCUGUUAUGUGCAGGCUGUUGACCCUGGAAGCCCUGCAGCAGCUGCUGGAGUUAAGGUGCGGCAGUUUGUGUGCCAGGUGAAUGGACAGUGUGUUCUCUACCUGGACUACAGGACAGUGUCCAGACUGGUGAUGACAGGAGCUCGCACUGUUGUACUGGAAGUUAUGGAGCCACUGGAGUGACAACAUCAUCUACUUUAGCUCUUGAACAAUACUGCUAUAAUAAUAACUGAACUGUGUUUGAUAAAACUGAAAUAUAAUAAAUGAAGAGGCCUUUUUCUCAAUCCUACA